GCGCCUCGCCCGGAGCGGCCCCGCGGGGCGGGAGCUGCCGGGGCCACCAUGGGCCGGGGCGGGCCGUAGGGAGCCGCUCCGCAGGGGGACCCCCCCUUCCCCUCGCUGACGCUGGAGGAGAAGGGAGGGAAAGACGGAAAAAGGAGGAAAAUCCCAGCGAAACCCACCCCAAACCGGAGCCGCGGAGAAGGCGGCGGCGCCGGCUGGAAAAUGCAUCUUCCUCGGAGCUGCGUCCUCCUCUUCCUCCAGGGCAGCAUCGCGCUGCUGGUGUUCUGCGCUCCAGAGGAACUCGGGCAAGGUGCGGGUCCAGGCGAGCCCCGGGCCCGCGGGAGAGCCCCGGGGCCGAAGCUGCGGGAGCUGCUCUUCCCAAAGCCCCUCCCGAGCCUGAGCCCGGCCCCGCCGCAGAACCGGACCCUCCCCGCGCUGGGCAGCGGCUCCCGGGAGCUCGGGGGAGCCCGGGAGGGCCGGGCCGGGCCGGACCUGCGCCCGCGGGCGCAGCGGGAGCCGCGGCCGGCCCCGGGCGGGCUGCAGAAGCUUUUCGGCUGGGGCGAUUUUUACUCCAACAUCAAGACGGUGAAGCUGAACCUGCUGAUCACGGGCAAGGUCGUGGAUCACGGCAACGGCAGCGUCAACGUCUUCUUCCAGCACAACUCCACGGGCCACGGCAACAUCUCCGUGAGCCUCGUGCCCCCCACCAAGGCCGUGGAGUUCGACCUGGAGCAGCAGAUCUUCAUCGAGGCCAAGGAGUCCAAGGUGUUCAACUGCCGCGUGGAGUCGGAGCAGGUGGCCCGGGCCAGGAAGACCUCGCUGUGCACCUUCGACCCGGCCAAGACGUGCUCGCAGGAGCACACGCAGAGCCGCGCGGCCUGGCUGUGCUCGCAGCCCUUCCGCGCCGUCUGCGUGUACAUCACCUUCUACAGCAGCGACUACCGCCUGGUGCAGAAGGUGUGCCCCGACUACAACGCCCACAGCCGCCGGCCCUACUUCCCCUCGGGAUGAGCCCCGCGCCGCCACUCCCGGGAUUCCCGGGGCUGCGAUUCCCGGGCAGAGAUUCCCGGGCUGCGAUCCCCGGGGCUGCAAUUCCCGGUCAGCGAUUCCCUC